CCGCGCCCAGCAUCUCCCGAUCCCGCUUUCGCCGUCAUGAUAUGGUUGAGGUAUAUCGUGGCAUACAGCCCUACGUUGAGCAUCCGAAUUAAUCAUCCAACCACGGAACGCCAGGACCUAGGAUUUGGAAAUCUUAUAUAAGGCUGUGUUACUAAUAUUAAUAUGCACCGAUCCUUCUUUUCUCUCCCCACAUUCUACAGACCCUCUCGUAGAAUUCUUCCAAGGAUGUCCUCGUCUGUCGCUAAUAAAGAUCGUUCCAAGAUCAUUGCACCCGCCUCACGACUGGCAGAAGGUCGAGCAUUGACGCCGGACGUUUGGUCGAUUUACAACGUCGCAAACCUUCCUGCCGAUUGUAUCAACCUCGGACAAGGAUACAUGAACUUCCCACCCCCAAAAUGGGUGACGGAGGCAGCUGAACAAGCAUUGAAUAAUGUCAUGGCCAACCAUUACUCUCACCCGAAAGGACGCCUUCGUCUUCGCGAAGCUAUCAAAACCUACUACGGUCCCCAACUUCAAAGAGAUUUGAAUGCAGAAACAGAAAUACUGGUUACUAGUGGCGCUAAUGAAGGCCAGUAUUCGGUUUGGACCGCUUUCUUGGAACACAACGAUGAAGUGAUCUUGUUUGAACCCUUCUUUGAUCAAUACCUACCUUCCGUCGUAUUCAAUGGCGGCAAACCCGUUUACGUCCCUCUCCAUCCACCCAAAGGGUCCGGAAAGAGCACGAGUAACGAUUGGACCAUCGAUAAUGAUGAAUUGCGACGUGCUGUUACACCUCGAACCAAGAUGAUUGUCGUCAAUACACCUCAUAACCCAGUGGGUAAAGUUUUCACGAGGAAAGAGCUGGAGGCUAUCGCUGCAGUCGCAGAGCAGUUCAAUUUGAUCGUCAUGUCGGAUGAAGUGUAUGAUCAACUGGUAUUCGAUGGCAAAGAGCACGUCAGGAUUGCAACUCUUCCGGGUAUGUGGGACCGUACGGUGACUGUGGGGUCUGCAGGGAAAGCUUUUGCUGCUACCGGAUGGCGUGUGGGUUGGCUCAUCGGACCUCAGUCCCUCAUUCAACCUACUCUUGCUGCAAGCACUCGUAUCGUGUUCUGUUCAAACUCACCUCUCCAGGAAGCUGUUGCCGCGGGUCUUGAACAAGUAGUGCAAAGGAACUUCUUUCAAAUCCAACGAGACGAAUAUGCGGAGAGGCGCCAGAUUCUUAUCGAUUGCUUUGAUCAGCUUGGUUUACCGUACACAAAUCCAGAAGGUGGUUACUUUAUUCUCUUGGAUGUGUCUCGUGUGCAAAUUCCAGAUGACUACCCUUUCCCCGAAAGUCUGCAGGGACGGGGCUUUGAUUUCAAGGCUGGCUGGUUCCUUGCGCUGGAGGUCGGAGUGUCCUCCAUUCCUGUCAGCGAGUUCUACUGCCCCGAGCAUUCAAAGAUUGGAGAGAACUUCCUGCGAUUCGCUUUCUGCAAAGAUGCUGACACGCUCAGAAGGGCUGCUGAGAGAUUGCAAAAUGUGAAGCGGUAUAUCAAGUAGAUAAAAUAGAAUGUAGAUCAAUGUAGAGGCUUACAGACACUAUCUAUCUAUCUAUCUGUACCUGAGACAAACACCAGUGACCACCUCCGAACUGUACCGCCAUCCUGAAG